UUCACUUUAGUCCAAAUAGAACAACUAAAAGGCAACUAGGAAAAGAGAGGGCAAAACUGCCCGAGAUCAGAAAUGUUUAAAUGCCUUGUUGUCUUCUCAUGCCAUGAUUUUGUGAAAGUUACGUUUUUUUGAUUCUCUAUAAAUCUCUUAUAUAUAAAGAUUCUCUUGCUAAAAGAAUCAUCUAGAGAGUAAAGACACAGACUUGGAGUCGUGAGCUUAGAAUCAGGGGUGUUCAUCAAUGGUGAAUGUGAAGGGAGGGACCAGACCGCCAUGGGUUGGUUUAGGGGCUGCCGUUUGGGUUCAGAUUGCUUCAGGGAACGCUUACACCUUUCCCUUGUACUCUCACUCACUCAAAACGGUUCUGGGUUUCAACCAGCGCCAGCUCACUAUGCUUGGAGUUGCUAAUGACAUAGGUGAAAACGUUGGCCUCGUUCCGGGCAUCGUUAGCAACAAGUUAGCUCCGUGGGUUGUUUUGUUGAUUGGUGGUUUGGCUUGUUUCUUUGGCUAUGGUGUUUUGUGGCUCGCUGUUAGCGAAACUGUUACAUCCAUUCCUUAUUGGUUGCUAUGGAUAGCCCUUUGUAUAGGCACCAAUAGUUCUGCCUGGUUGACUACAGCUGUGCUUGUAACCAACAUGAGAAACUUCCCUGUUAAUAGAGGCACUGUCGCUGGUAUUCUGAAAGGCUAUGGAGGGCUCAGCGGAGCUGUGUUCACAGAAAUUUAUAGUGUGCUGCUUCGGAAUUCUUCUUCUGAGCUUCUGUUGUUUCUGGCAAUAGGGGUUCCUGUCCUUUGUUUCAUUAUGAUGUAUUUCAUCAGGCCUUGCACUCCAGCUUCUGGUGAUGACUCUGCUGAACAUGGUCAUUUUCUUUUUGCCCAAAUUGCAAGUUUUGUGCUUGGCUUAUAUCUUCUGUCAACUACAAUAUUGGAUGAUAUGCUUAAUUUAAGCCCUCUUAUUUCGAAUACAAUUGUUGCCAUAAUGGUCAUACUUAUUAUGGCUCCGCUUGCAAUCCCUAUUAAAAUGACGCUGUAUCCUUCUCGACCCAGCAGAUCAGAGACACUUGAUAAUAAAGCUGGUUCUUCAGAAAGCCUGAUUCAGGGAGAAGGCAAUGCAGAGAAAACAGAACCCUUGCUGACACCAGUUUCAUCAGCAAUCAACCAAGAAAGCUUUUAUGAUGACGAUGGAAAUGAGUCUGAGGUGGCUAUGCUUCUUGCUGAGGGUGAAGGAGCAAUAAAGAGGAAGAGAAGGCCUAGAAGAGGGGAUGAUUUUACAUUUACUGAAGCUAUAGUCAAGGCUGAUUUCUGGCUUUUAUUCUUUGUAUACUUUGUAGGGGUUGGUUCUGGGGUUACCGUUCUUAAUAAUCUUGCUCAAAUUGGGAGUGCACAAGGUCUGCCUGAUACCACGAUUCUGUUGUCUCUCUUCAGUUUUGGCAAUUUUCUUGGUCGUCUUGGUGGGGGCGUUGUGUCUGAAUACUUUGUCAGGUUGAAAACACUUCCAAGGACAGUUUGGAUGACUGUUACUCAAACGAUCAUGAUCAUCACCUACCUUUUAUUCUCUUCUGCUAUUAAGGGCACCCUGUAUCCAGCUACUGCUUUACUUGGAAUCUGCUAUGGUGUUCAAUUUUCAGUCAUGAUCCCAACAGUCUCUGAGCUUUUCGGACUGAGAAAUUUUGGUUUGUUUUUCAAUUUCAUGUCCUUAGGCAACCCUUUAGGUGCUCUCCUCUUUUCUGGUCUGCUAGCAGGGUAUAUAUAUGACAAUGAAGCAGCUAAGCAGCACAGUCUUCAUCUAUCUGAUUCAACCGUCGCUUGCUUGGGUCCAAAUUGCUUCAGACUCACCUUCUAUGUUUUGGCCACCAUCUGUGGCAUUGGUGUUAUGGUCAGCAUUGUUCUAACCAGGAGGAUAAAGCCUGUCUACCAAAUGCUGUAUGCUGGAGGUUCUUUCAGGUUGCCCCAAAGCACAAAUCAGUAAUUUUACUUCGCAGAGUGUAGAAAUUCGAACAUGCCCGACAUGGCUACUUUCACUCUUGUGAGUUUUGCCCCCCUUAGACUCUUACCGGCACCAUUCAUUAAGAGUCAUCUUAAUAAUAAACUAAUCCAUCAGUGUAGUUUUACUGUUGUUACUGUAUUUAAUAGAAUAUGUUUGUGCAUCAUGGUGCCAGACCUUGCUCCUAGCCCAUCAGGGUAAUUGAGCUGUAAAAGUUAUAUACUGAACCAAGAAUUUAUAUGGUGUUGGAAAUUAAGUAUACAAAUAUUUAUUCAUUCA